AUGCAUAAAUUACAUCAACACCAAUCGUUAUUUAUUCUCAAUUUUCUUUCCUUUUUGAUAUUCAAUUCAAUUCCAUUUGUAUUUUUUUCUCACGCCUACACAACUUGUUACCAGGUUCCAAUUGUUAUUCUAAAAACCAAAGAUAUGAGAAACUCGACAAACAUCUUUUUGAUAAAUCUCAGCGUCGCCGAUUUAUUGGUUUUGUUAAUCUGCACGCCUACAGUCUUGGUUGAGGUGAACUCAGUACCUGAAACAUGGGCUUUGGGCGAACAUAUAAUUAUGACAAUGACAUCUGGUUUCUUACAACAAUUCUAUGGUAAAUUGGUGCCGUUUAUUGAGCUUACCGUGGCUCAUGCAAGCAUACUGACAAUUCUGGCAAUUUCAUUUGAACGUUAUUAUGCAAUAUGUGAACCGUUGAAAGCUGGAUAUGUCUGUACAAAGACACGAGCGAUGAUAAUUUGCGUAGUUUGCUGGUUCGUAGCCGGACUUUUUACAAGUCCCAUUCUGGAAAUAGCAAACUUUCAUAUGGAAGAAUAUUAUGAUGGCAGCAUUGUAGCCGUUUGUCUUACUACUGUGGAGACUUUCUGGCCAUCUUUCUUUUUCAUCGCAAGCAUCACGAUAUUCUUUCUUGUGCCGCUGCUUAUCCUAAUAGUUCUCUAUUCGGUCAUUGCCAAACAUUUGAUGGUAAAUCCAACAUUGAUAUCAGCACAAGGCAACAGAAGCAACUUCAUAAAAUAUCGAAAGCAAGUGAUUUUAAUGCUCGCUGCGGUCGUUAUUUCCUUCUUUACAUGUUUGCUUCCAUUUCGUGCUUUCACGCUUUGGAUUAUAUUGGUUCCAUCGGAAACUAUUAUGAGUUUACUAUCAUCCGAACGAGGCAUUGAAGUCUAUUACUCGGUUCUUUAUUUCUGCCGCUGUAUGUGGUAUUUAAAUUCAGCGAUGAAUCCGGUUCUUUAUAAUUUAAUGUCGUCAAAGUUUCGUGAAGGUUUUGUUAGGUUGCUAGGCUGUAAGCCUCUGAUGAGAACGACAAGUUGGUCGGAUAGCGCCAGAAAGGGAACAUUUCACACAGCAUCAACAAAUUUGAGUUCAUCGAACCAUCACGGGAAUGUUGGAAAUUCUAUCGAAGCUCAUCGAUUGAAAAUCGCUAACUUAGAAGUUGAAAAUUUGACAACAAUCGAGCGAGCUCCAUUAAAUGUCAUAAAAUACGUAAAAAUUGUCAUUGAAGAGAAAGUCGAGUGUUUGGAUGCUGAGGUGGGCUCUGAUUGUGAAGCUGAAUACGAAAUCAUAGAAGAUAAUCAAAUAGAUACAAAAGCCUCCGAAAAUAAUGUAAAUAACGCAGAUAAUCUUAACUUAUCUAUCAAUUCUUAUCCAAAUAAGCAGAAAAGUAAUUACAAGACGAAAGAAAAUGUCAAGAUUUCCAUCAAAUCCCAUUCCAAUGAUAAAUGUUCAUCAGCCGACGAUGAAAUUGAUUGCGAUUCGAAUCAAGAGGAUUUUUGUAUCAAUAUUUAUAAUUUGUUAUCUGCAAAAGAGAGCCUCGUAUAGAUUACCUAUGACUAUGAAAAUUGAUGAUGAUGCUGUUGGAAUCGGCCGUAAAUCUUGAAUCAAUUUCCCAUACAAACAUACGAGGUGUCAUGCACAAGAACAUUCAUUCAAGAAAAAGAGUGAAACGAAUGUUAUGUCACAUUAACGUCAUGCAUUUAAAUAUUUUUUACUUAAAUGUCAACAGAAGCUUUUGAAGUAUGAGCUUUCAGAUGUUGACACUAAACACAUAUAAAUAUCGUCGUCUCGCGGUUUACUUUUAGCCAAUUUAUCAGGUGUUGAGUUGACAUGACAACAAAAUAAUCCCUCGAUGAAGUGAUGUAUGUCACUCUUAAACAACUUCGUUUACCUCUUCUUCAGUGUCAUUUUAUUAUCUCACACUCCCUAGUUGAUGCUAAGCUUUUUCCCUUCCAAAACAAGUCCCAAAUAUUGACAAAUUGUUCGUAAUUUCUCUUGAAAAGAACAUUAAACGACAAUGAACCCGGAAAUGACGACAGAGACUCUCAAUGCCAUAAGAAAUGAUCUUAAUAUUAGUAUUUGUAAUUUUAUAUUUAAAUAACUAUCAAUGUUUAAUCUAUUGCUACUUAAAAUCAUGUUUUGAUAAUAAAAAUUAAAGAAAAAAAAUAAAAACACUUUUAA